ACAUUUUGCCGACACGAAAGACCCUUGUUCACGUCGGAAGCUCCAAAUUUGAAGUUGUGAGCCAAACGUUCCGCGUUGCAUUUCAGGUGGACCAGCUUUUCUGGUGUGGAAAAACACUGUGUAACCCGUCAUUUCGUUGUGCGUUUUCCUUUUGCCCUUUCGUGGACAAGGGGGUUUGCCCUCUCGAGUUCGUUAGGACGACGAACGCGACUCUUCAACGCGCCAGUGAACUUGUUCUGCGUGAAUGCACGCGUCUCCGCCUUUCUCUGGAAGCUGUCGCCACUAAGUUCGGAGAGGAGAACCCCUCACAUUCGCCUGCGGGAGACGUUCAACGCGGAAAACGCGGUUCGUCACUUGGAACGACAUUCUUUAGAGCGAAGCAGCGAGCAGACGGACUGGAAAGUGGGCAGAACGAAGCGGAAAGGAAAAGACGGGGACGUAUGACUUAUCUGCUGCAGGCGUGGACGCACAGGGAAAGAAACACUUGAAAGGGGUCACCUGUCUUUGUUGACGGAGAGAGACUGCUGUGGAGAGAAGCGACAGGAGAGAGUGUUUUGUUGUCGUUCCCAGAGGACUUUCUGGAGGAAAGGAGAGGCCGGAGGAAAGAACUGUCGAAACUAUGGUGCCGGUUCCGCAAAAAUCCGAGAAAGACCCUCCUGCCGCGGGACCUGAGAGCGACGACGAGGGAUCUGGCGACCGAGAAAGCCACCCCGAACCUGGACAGAAAGAAUGGAAAGCAGAAAAGAAAGAGUUGGCUGCUCUCGGCGACGACCGCGCAAACGAGGGUAAAGGCGACAUGCAGAUGAACGAAAAGCAACGCGCUGCGCUGAUGGACUCUCUGAGUCGCAAAGAGGGGAACAACAGUCUCGCGCAUGUGGACCCCAAGGCGGUGACGGAAGUGAAAGACCUGUUUCUUCUUCCGCCGCGUGUGGCGGAGAAGGCACUGCGGAUGGAGGGCGGGGAUAUCGCGAAGGCUGUUCGUCGGCUUAUGUUCGAAGAAGAAGAGGAAGAGGAAGGCGUCCUCGGAUGAGAGAAGGUCGUCCAAGCCUCGGCUUCCGUCUUUCGCCAAGGAAACACAGAUGUCCGAGAUCCCCCAGAGCGGAGCUGCGCCAACAGCUCGUCAGCGCAUACAAGACACUUGGCGCCGAUUGCAUGUCGACGCGGCCGCGAGGAGAUCCGGAACCGUGGGCAGCGGCGUCCUGGGAUGUAUAGAAUCACGAAAGUCGUCUGUCUCUUUCAGACGAAGUUCGCGCCUCAGCCUGGUCAAGAGCUUUCGCGCUCCGCAACCAUGUCUGUUUCGGCUCACGAGAGCGUCCAUUCUUGAUGUGUCUGUGCAUUUCUGUAGCGCAUGCAGUGCACGCAUCUCUGUGUCUGCGCGGUAGCCUUCUCAGCCUACGUCACCGACCUGCUUCGUCUUUUUGCUGGGCCUCGAUCCUGUCUAGCUUGCUAGUCGAAUAGCCGUUUCUGGCCAUCUGUCGAGGCGAAAUAUUGCUUCUCAAAGAUCACAAUUGCCGCUACUGUCACGGUAACGACGACUCGGAUUCUCUAACUUCAUCUAUGUGGUAUCCCUAC